AUUCAAUUGGAUGUCUGUGUAAAACUAUUUUACACUUUCAGUGUAUAUCCAUUAAACUCUAUUAAAAUAUGAUAAAGAAAAUAAAAUCAUUACUUGAACCCUGAAACCAACCACCGUGGUUGACAAGUUCCGCCGCCGCAGUUCAUCAACCGGUUCUCUUCCUCACCGCCCUACAGAGAAUAAACACCGCCGCACGAGAGAGAAACGACGUCGCAGUUCAUCAACCACCAUGAAUCUUCUGAAACCUUCGUUCUCAUAAGGUUAGGAAGAACCGAGUUCAAUGCUCCAUUUUCUAAAUUUUCGGUUUUCACCAUGCUUACACAAACUCAAAACCCUUCCCUUUUCCUCCCAGAAAAUGGGUAUGGCUUCUCUUGCUGAUACCCUUUACAGCCAUUUGCAUCAAUGCAAUGGCAGUGUUGAGAAUUCAUUGUCAAAGAUUAAGCCCAAACUGGAUUCUCAAUGUGUUAUUCAAGUUGUGAGUAGGUGCUGUCCCAAGCAAUGUCAAUUGGGUGUUAGGUUUUUCAUUUGGGCUGGAUUUCAAUCUGGGUAUAGGCAUAGUGCUUAUAUGUAUAGGAAAGCAAGCAGCUUGCUUGGGAUUGAUAGGAAUCCUCAGAUGAUUUGUGAUUUGAUUGAGUCUUAUGAGGCUGAAGGGUGUGUAGUCACUGUUAACAUGUUUAGGGAGGUUCUGAAGCUUUGUAAAGAGGCUCAGCUUGCUGAUGUGGCUUUGUGGGUGUUGAGGAAGAUGGAGGAUUUUGGCUCGCGCCCGGACACGGUGAUGUAUAAUGUGGUUAUCAGGUUGUGUUGCAAGAAGGGUGAUGUUGAAAUGGGUGAGAAGUUGUUGAGAGAGAUGAGUUUGAGUGAUGCUUGUCCUGAUUUAAUUACAUAUAUAACGAUGAUCGAGGGGUUAUGUAAUGCGGGCCGACCGGAGGAUGCUUACUCCUUGCUGAAGGAUAUGAGAGUACAUGGAUGUUCACCUAAUUUGGUGGUUUUAUCAGCUAUUUUUGACGGGUUAUGCAGAUCUGGAUCGAUGGAAAUGGCAUUGGAAUUGUUGGAUGAAAUGGAGAAAUCUGGGGAUUGUAGACCGAACGUGGUUACUUAUACAUCUCUGAUUCAAAGUUUCUGUGAGAGAAGCCAGUGGAAUGAGGCAUUGAAUGUUCUGGAUAGAAUGAGAGCUUUUGGGUGCCUUGCAAAUCAUGUUACUGCUUUUACUUUGAUUGAUAGCCUUUGUGACAAGGGUUGUGUAGAAGAAGCUUAUAGGUUAGUUGAUAAAUUAGUGGAACAUGGUGUUUCAUAUGGUGAUUGCUACAGUUCACUUGUGAUUUCUUUGAUAAGGAUAAAAAGACUUGAGGAAGCAGAGAAGCUCUUCCGGGAAUUGCUUGCUGGUGAGUUGAAACCUGACACUUUGGCAUCUAGCCUUUUGCUUAAGGAGCUUUGUAUGAAGGAUCGGGUAUUGGACGGAUUCUACUUGCUUGAUGCAAUGGAGAAUAUGGGAUGCUUGUCUUCCAUUGACUCUGAUAUUUAUUCUAUUAUUUUGAUUGGACUUUGUCAAAAAAACCACUUGGCAGAGGCCACAAAGCUUGCCAAGAUAAUGCUUAAGAAAUCAGUUCUACUAAGACCUCCAUACCAAGAUAGUGCAAUUGAUAUCCUGAGAAAAUCUGAAGAAAAAGAUCUUGUAGAUCUUGUGAACCAGCUGACUGGUAUACGUAAGGGACUUGGACAGUAAAUUGUUUUAUGGAUGAGGUCAUAUUCAUUGUUUAUCUGCCACAUCUGUUCAUCAAGUUUAAAUUGUAUAACUGCAAUUGUAAAGAUUGGUUUUUGUGGUGUAGGUUGAUAAACUUGAUUCAUUUCUUGCCUUUUUGCUUUUGGGCAACGGAAUAGUUCUAUUUCUUGAGGAAGCUGUACUUGAAUCUGACUUAUAUGUAACUAGUGAAUUGCUGUUGUCAUGCCUAACUGACUAUAUUACCUUGUA